UUCGAAAUAAGAAAAAACUGGUUGGUAAAUUUAAAAACAUUGUGGUUCGUAAGAGUUUGACUAAGCAAGAACUAGAUGAGCGUAGUAAAUUGAUUGAGUUGUGUAAACAAAAACGUGAAUCCACUAAUCUUGAUUAUAUAAUAUAUGCCGGUACUGUACUUUUAAGGAGUGAAAUCCCUAAAUUUAAACAAACUCUAAACACUAAUAUAUCAAAUUUUCAAUCCAAUUAGGGAUUUCUCCAUUUGACCAGUGCCAUACACAAACAGUCACUACUAGUAAUCGAGUCUCAUGUAAUUUAUCUGUAAAAUCUCCAAAUAUAAGAAAUAUGGCCUCGCAACCUUAUAUCUCAUCCGUUAAACUCUUUAAAAAUUUAACAUGUUUAUACUACAAUUGUCGAUCUGUUCGUAAUAAAAUCAAUGAACUAGACAUUCAAAUAGUAGAUUAUAAUCCAGACCUUGUUUUAUUAACUGAAACCUGGCUUGAAGAAAAUGAUGCCCAUCUUAAUCAACUAAAUUCGUCUAGGAAUUUCCAUAUUCUUAUAGAUAAUCGUGACAUUAAAUUUAAAUGUAAAGGUGGUGGUGUUGCAAUGCUCAUACGUAAGGGAAUCUCUUAUAAACAAUUGUCCAUUAAAAAUAUUGUAGGUAUCGAGAUAAUUGCUGUAGAUCUUUCUAUACAUUCUAUUAAGGCUAGCAUUAGACUUAUUUUAGUAUAUAGACCACCAGCAAUUACUAGCUCACUUACUAUUAAACUUUUAAAAAUCCUUCAAAAUCUCUGCGAAGGAAAUGUUAUUAUUGUAGGCGAUUUUAAUUUUAACGCUAAUAAUAUUAACUGGAAUGAUAAUACCGCCUUUACAAAAUGUGCUAAAGAAUUUCUUGAAUUUACCAAUAACUUUAAUCUUAAUAAUGUCAUUACAUCACCCACUCACAAUAAAGGUUCUAUACUAGACCUGCUACUCACGAAUAAUCCUAAUUCUAUCUGUUCUUGCCAUGUUAGUGCAGGUUUAUCUACUUCAGACCACUUUUCUAUUCUUUUUACCCUUAACAUGGCUAAACCCAACCCUCAAAAAAUCUGCUUUAGGGAUUAUACUAAUGUAAAACAAUUAAAUUCUUACUUAAUCUCUCAUUUUAAUUGUAUAUAUGAAAAAUUCUAUAUAUCAGAUAAAUACGAAUACUUACUUGAACUUGUCUCAACUCUCAUGGAAAAAUAUACUCCCUUACGCACAAUAACCGUAAAACAAAAAUCGUUUAAUUAUCCUUCACAUAUUAGGAAACUCAUCAAAUAUAAGAAAAAACUAUUUACAGAGUUUAAAAAAUCAGAUUGUGGCCUAGAAGAAUAUAUUAAUGUUUCCAAAACAAUUAAACAUCUUGUUAACUCUUACAAAUCACAAAGAAUUAAAUCAAUAGUAAGUAACCGUAAAAACAUGACCAAAUAUAUGAAAAACCUGACUCAGAAAUAUUCUCCUAUAUCAUGUUUAGAGCAUAACAAUACUUUUAUUUUCGAUGAUCAGGCCAAAUGUAAUUUAUUUUCUUCUGUUUUUGCAAAUUCUUUUUCUAAUCUCCCUAGAUUUGAUCCUCCUAAAUUAAGCCCAUGUAACUUCAUAAAUGCCCUUGAAGAUAUCGAAUUUAGUCUAUUAGAUAUCGAUAAUAUAUUAAAGAAUUUACCUAACAAUAACUGCUGUUCUGAGGAUGGUAUAAGCUAUACCUUGCUAAAAAAUUGCCAUUCGUCUAUUACACCUUUCCUAUCUGAUAUUUUUAGAUUGUCAUUGGAUUCAGGAAUUCUACCUCAUUCUUGGAAAGUCUCACAUAUCACACCUGUUUUUAAGAAAGGGGAUAAAACUAUUGCAGCAAACUAUAGACCCAUUUCUAUUACAUCGGCUAUAUGUAGAGUGCUAGAACGUAUCAUACUUAACAGUUUACUGACCCAUUUAGAAGAAAACAAAAUUAUUAGUGAAAGCCAAUUUGGAUUCUUAAAAAAGCGUUCUACAACUACCCAACUAAUAUUUACAUUCUCUCACUGGUAUAGAGCUAUACUUGAAAAUAAAAAUGUAGACUGCGUAUAUAUUGAUCUUAAGCAUGCCUUCGACUCUGUCCCCGUCAAAUUCUUGAUUUAUAAAUUAUUUAACAUAGGAGUUAGGGGGAAAUUACUUAACUGGAUCUCAUCAUUUCUAACAGAUCGUACAGCCAAAGUAAAAAUUAACACAACAUUUUCUACAUCUUUUAAAAUAUAUUCUGGCGUUCCCCAAGGAUCUAUCUUAGGACCCAUUUUAUUCUUAAUAUAUAUAAAUGAUUUAACCUUCUAUAUUCCCAAUAAUGUUAGUAAAUGUUUAUUUGCUGAUGAUCUUAAGAUUUUUCAAGUAUUUAAAAAUUCAGAAAAUACUAAUUCACUACAAAAUGCCUUAAAUAUAAUUUCUCAAUGGAGUUCCGAUUGGGCACUCGAAAUAUCUACGCAAAAAACAUUUGUUCUAAAUAUUGGCUCCAAAAAUCCUAAAUAUACAUAUACACUCAAUGGUGACAUUUUACAAAUAACAUCUGUAAUAAAAGACCUUGGCAUUACCCUUACCAAUGACCUUUCCUUCGAUUUACACUAUAAUAUUAUUAUCAGGAAAGCCUAUGCCAGAGCUUCUUCAGUUCUUAAUAGCAUACACACUAGCAAUCCUAAGGUAUGGGCUCUUGCCUUUAAAUCCUACGUUAGGCCAUUACUAGAAUAUGCCACAGUUAUCUGGAGUCCAAAAACUAAGUAUCUCGUGGAAAAAAUCGAAAAAAUCCAAAAAUGGUAUACUAGGAUCGCUUUAUCUAAGUGUAAGAUUACCUAUAAAAGUUACUCUCAAAGAUUAAUUCUCUUCGAUCUCGAAUCAUUAGCAUUAAGACGCUCAUUAUAUGAUCUAUCAACUAUUUAUAGGAUUAUCUUUAAAUUUACACAUUUAAGCUUUAACGAUUUAUUUGAGCUCAACGAUAGACCUAGUCGAAAUAGACACAAGUUUCAAAUUAAGGUCCACCGAAAAAACAGUAAAACCGAACAUUGGCUCAUAAACAGAGCUGUAAACCUUUGGAAUACAAUACCUGCUUCAAUUAUAAACUCACCAAACCCAAAGAUUUUUUGGAUUGCGCUCAGGUCAUAUUUAAUAAAUUUGGAGAGCUCAAACACUUGUUUUGUAUACUACUAGCUAAA